AUGCAUUGUAAAUUGUUUUGGAUUUUUGCUGCACUUGGGAUAUUAAUGUUCGUUGGUAUAAAAUCGGAUGAUUCAGCACCCAAAAAAAAUGAAGAAGAAAAGAACGACUGUUCGAAGGUUAAGUGCUUCGGACAAAACACAUGCAGAAUGGUGCCACCCCCUUGUAUUGGGACUGAGCCAUGUGAAAUGCUGCCUUUGUGUUCUACCGAUAUGAUCAUACCAACCAAAUCACCUCUCGAAAUGUUGCUAAAACCCUAA